CACCCUCGGCUGUAAGACAGUGUCACCAGUGCCGCGGCGGGAAGCGCUCGAAUAAAAAAAAUUGCAUUAAAUUUCCGAAAUGAGUUUUUACGAUUAUGAAUACAAAGACUUCGAUUUUCAAAAGAAGGAUCAGUGUUGCCAAGUGAAAAAUGAGAUUCUGAAUAAUAAUGAUCAUGUUGACAAGGAGGAUCACGUGCAACAUGUAUUGGGGCCAAGUAGGAGAUGCCUCGCUUGGGCCUGCAAAGCAUGUAAGCGGAAAACGGCAGCCGUCGAUCGGCGGAAAGCGGCAACACUACGGGAACGGCGGCGGUUGAGAAAAGUAAACGCAGCGUUUGAGGAACUAAGAAUCCGCGCACGCGCAGGCAGCGGACGCCUCCCAAAGCUGGAGAUACUGAGAGCUGCAAUACAGCACAUAGAGAGGUUACAGGCUGCCUUGAGAGCUGCUGCUGUGUUAGAAUCAGAGACGUGCAAGAACUACAUGGAGUCUCCGGUGGCGACGAGACAAGACUUGAGAGAAGCUAAAGUGGAAAAAGAGAAACCAUUUUUUAAUAACGAGUCCUCCGGUUGUGGUGUCAACAGUCUAGCAAGGUUGCGAUGUAUAGUACAAGCUUUAGCAGUGAAGGAUACUAAUCCUUGACAAAAAUCAACAUUUACAGAUACUUCAAACAUUAGAAGUGUAGGAUUGUAUAACGAGGGAUGUGAGACAGGCAUAGCUAUGCCCGAUUUUGUAUUAAAUAAGUGAAGAUAAAGCCGAGGGUGUACACAUGUUAUUUAGCAUCUAAUUGGCUAUUAGACUGUGUACAAAAUAACAAUGUAUAAAGGUAUUUAAAUAAUCAAACAUGAUAUUUAAAUUGAUAUCACCGUCACACAAGCUCCAUAUCAAAUUGUAUUUUUUGACAUUUUUCACCACUUGGAGAAUAGUGAAUUGUGUCAAGUAACACUUAUAGAAAAAGUGGUGAUCAAAAUUGAUCUUGGUCUUACUUGUAAAUUGUAAAAUGACUUUGAACAAAAUCAGUGAAGAAUGUAUUUUAUAAAGAAUGUAAAUUAAUGUAUUAUAGAAAUUGUAGGUACCAAUUUAUUUGUGGUCGAUGUUGCUCAAAAAUAUAUAAAUAUAUUACCCAAUAAUUAUUAUUAGGGACUUAUUUAUUUAAUUUAUAUGUGCUCUUUGUUAUUCAAAGUGGUACCUAUAUGGCUAUAAGUUCUGUAAAUAUCAACUAAUUACAUGAUAAGUAGAAAAUCAGUAAUCUAAAGAGACAGUUUAUUUAUUAAACAGUUAUAUAUUCAGAAUGCAUAUCAAUCAUGUAUAUGAAUAAACAAAUAUUUAAUGCUG